AUGAGUGAUAGAAUUCAUAGGCUUAAAUAUGCCACGUGUGAAUGUGCCGAUUGCCGAAUGGUCGAAGAGCGUCGUCGUUUGAACAAUAUGCUCAGUCGACGACGCUUCGAGACUGAUAGCGGUGACGAAAAGACCGUGGGCAAGAAGGUUCGUGAUCCGAAGUGUGCUCUGUGCUCGGCUCACGGUGAGAAACAACCAUUACGUGGUCACAAGAAGGCGCAAUGUCCUUUCCUGAAGUGUGGAUGUCAUUUGUGUGGAUUAGUUGAGAAUCGUCGAACUCUAAUGGCACGACAGAUCAAAUUGAGACGAGAUCAGCAAAAACAGCGUAAAGCUCAAUUGCUCGUCAAUACAACCUCAGCAAAUUUUCAGUCACAAAUAUCACCAAUCAAUAUGAAUGAAGCGGCUAAAGAAGAUGUUGGUAUGACAACGUUGGUCUCACCGGAAAAAGAGAAGCUAUCCGAACCGUUACGUGUACCUCCGCUUAUGCCAGUACCGGUCAAACCGGACUGCACUGCACCUUUCACGCCGUUACUUUUGCAACAUUCGCCUGUCCUGGCUGCAUCUUCGUCAAUGUUACUUCCACCACCGGUACCAGCACCACCAGUCACAAUUGCAUCAACCAUCACAGCGCCGUCAGCUAUCGAGCAACUCGAUCUACGGUUAAUACCGCCAAUAAGCGCUCCGUAUCCUGUUAUGAGUCCAUACAAUUUCCACUUUCCACCAAUAUUUCCGUACACUACAGCGCUACAAUUUCUUACAUCUUAA